AUGGAAGAAGAACCGCGACCAGUGGAGAUACCUCCAGAGUCUCCUUCUGACAAUUCACCAGUUAACCCUGAAAUUGCUGCCGUCAAAGAGCCAGCAAUUUUGGAAACCCCAGAAGAUGUGCGUAAUAGAAGAAAUCAGGUCUUGGACCGUUAUGCGGCCUUUAAAGAAGCGACUGAUGAGCGUCGUCGCCGUUUGGAGGAUGCAAAGCGCUAUCAGUACUUCAAGCGUGACGCUGAUGAAUUGGAGAGUUGGAUUCAAGAGAAACUUGAAACUUACAAUAAUGAAGAUUUUAAAGAUUUGGCAAAUCUUCAAGCCAAGAAACAAAAGCACCAGGCACUUGAACUAGAAGUAAACGCUCACUUUGAGACACUUAACGCUCUCGAUGCCAGUGGUGAAGAAAUGAUCUCCCAGCACCACUAUGCCUCAGAGUUAAUUCGAAACAUUCUUGAUGAACUUCACGCUCUGUGGGACAAACUUAUGGCUAUGUUCAAGCAGAAGGCCCGUCUUCUUAAUCUUACUCUCGAAUACGUCAACUAUCUUCGUAGAGUUGAUGAAAUUCUAUUCUGGAUUCGUGAAAAAGAAGCCCUAGUUACAUCUGAAGAAUUCGGUCAAGAUUUAGAGCACGUUGAAGUCCUCCAGAAGAAGUAUGACGAGUUCAUGAAGGACCUUGAAUAUCAAGAAGGUCGCGCAGUUGAAAUCUACGCUAAAGCAGAUGAGUUACUCAAGGAAGAAUAUCCAGAAGAAGCUCUUAUUAUGGAGAAAAAGACUGAAGUCAGGGAAGCCUUAGAACGAUUAAAAGAUCUCGCUAGCAAGAGACAGAAUAAACUCUACGAGGCCCAUGAAAUUCAACGCUUUUUCCGUGAAACCGACAAAGCCAUCUCUUGGCUUAACGAAAAGUCGAUACCCCUGUCGAUUGAUGAUUGUGGUCGCGAUUUAGUUUCAGUCCAAGCCUUGCAACGCAAACAUGAUGCUCUAGAACGUGAUUUAGCUACUCUCGAGGAUAAGGUCUCCCAACUCGGUGUUGAUGCUGAUGCUUUAUCUGAAAAGCACCCUGAUUCUCGUAAUACUAUUCAAGAGAAGAGAUCUACUCUUACAAAUGCUUGGCAAGAUCUGAAAGCCAAAUCUGCUGAUAGAAGGAAUAAGCUUGAGGAAGCAUUCCUUCUCCAUCGAUUUCUUGCUGAUUGGCGAGAUCUUACCCUCUGGAUUGCAGAUACCAAAGCUAUUAUCUCUGCUGAUAAAUUAGCUAAAGAUGUUGCGGGUGCAGAGGCACAAGUUGAGCGUCAUAAUGAACACAAAGGAGAGAUUGAUUCUAGGGAAGACGCUUACAAGGCAUGCAUGGAAGAGGGCCAGCGUUUGGUCGAUAUGGGUCAUAUCACAAGUGCUGAUGUUGUUAAGAAGAUGAACAAUCUUCAACACGAACGUGAUUCUCUUCUUGAGCUCUGGGAGUCUAGAAAGGUUCAAUUUGAGCAAUGUAUGGACCUUAUGCUAUUCUUCCGUGAUGCUGAACAAGCUGAGGCUUGGAUCGCCAAACAGGAAGCGUUCCUUGAAAAUAAGGAUGUUGGGGACUCUUUAGAUGCAGCUGAGGCCUUAAUGAGGAAACAGGAGGAUUUUGAGAAGUCCCUAACCGCCCAGGAAGAGAAAAUCAAAAACCUCGAAGCUUUUGCCGAUAAAUUAAUAGCUGGAAAUCACUAUGCCUCACCGGAAGUUGCUGAACGUAGGGAAUCCCUCCUGAGACGUCGCACAGCUCUUCAAGAGAAAGCCGCUUUACGUCAUCAACAGCUUGUCGAUUCUCAUCGUUAUCAAAUGUUCGACCGAGAUGCUGACGAAAUGAAAGCUUGGAUUAUGGAGAAGCUCAAAACUGCCACUGAUGAGAACUACAAGGAUCCAACCAACCUACAGACUAAAGUGCAGAAACACCACAACUUCGAAUCAGAGAUUAAUGCCAAUCGUUCCAGAAUGGAUGAGGUGAAAAAGAUGGGUACUGACCUUGUCGAUGUUGGUCACUACAAAUCCGAUGAUAUCAAUGGAAGAAUCAGUGAACUUGAUAGCCUCUGGGUCCAACUCCUUGAAGCUAUGUCUAAGAAGGGAAAGAAUCUAGAACAAGCUAACAAUCAGCAACAAUUUGUCCGCAAUAUUGAGGAUGUAGAACUCUGGUUGUCAGAAGUUGAAGCUAAACUGGCCUCAGAUGAUCAUGGAAGAGACUUGAAUAAUGUCAUCAACAUUCAAAAGAAACACAACCUUCUUGAAUCGGAUGUUCAAUCGCAUCGUGACCGUAUUGGAGCUUUCAGAGACCAGGUGGAGGCAUUCAAGCAGGAGGGUCAUUAUGAUGCUCCAAUCUUGGAAGAGAAACAGCAGCAAGUUAUGACUCGCUAUAAUGCCUUGGUUGAGCCUCUGAAGAAGAAGAGAGCAAGACUGGAUGAUGCCUAUAGACUACACCAAUUCUAUCGAGAUGUGGAGGAUGAGGAAGACUGGAUUCGAGAGAAGGAGCCUGUUGCGGCCUCAAAUAAUGUUGGCGUGUCUUCAUUUAAGUCCUCUGGUCGUGAUUUGAUCGGUGUCCAGAAUUUGAUCAAGAAGCACCAGGCUGUAAUGGCUGAGAUCACAGGCCACGAGCCUCGCAUCCAGGACGUCUGUCAGACUGGUGAGAAUAUGGCUCAGCAGGGUCAUUUUGCUGCAGAUGAAAUUAAAACGCGUAUUUCUGGUCUCAACUCCGCUUGGGAAGAUCUUCGUCAAAAGGCCGAAAAUCGGCGCAGAAUCCUUGACGACUCCCUCCAAGCCCAACAGUACUUUGCUGAUGCUAGUGAAGCCGAAAGCUGGAUGCACGAGAAGGAACCCCUUGUUGAUUCGAAAGAACUCGGAAGAGAUGAAGAUUCUACUGAAGCUCUUCUCAAGAAACAUGACGCUCUGAUGGCUGAUAUUGAAGCCUAUGGAUCCACUAUCGCGAGCUUGGGAAAACAGGCUUCUGAAUGUGGAAUGCAGGAGGUUCCUGUAGGAGACCUCAUGGGAAAGGAAUUGGUUGUCGCUCUCUAUGACUAUCAAGAAAAAGCCCCACGUGAUGUCUCCAUGCGUAAGGGUGAAAUCCUCUCUCUUCUAAACAGUUCCAGCAAGGAUUGGUGGAAGGUUGAGAUCAAUGAUCGUCAGGGCUUUGUUCCAGCUGCCUACUUGAAAAAAAUUGAUGCUCCACUAACUGAUAGUCAAUCUCAUCUCCUUGACCAACCCCUUACUGUCGCUUUGCAGCAAAAACGCCUUGAGGAGCAAUAUGCUAAUCUGCUUAAACUCGGUCGCGACCGUAGAGAGCGUCUUCAGGGCUCUGUUCAAGCAUAUCAACUUGUCCGUGAGGCGAAUGAUCUUCACCAGUGGGUUGUUGAGAAGGAACUCCUUGCUGUAACUGAAACAAUCGUUCCUGUAAAAUUGGAAGAAGUUGAAUGUGAACGUAAGAGAGUUGAUAAUCUUAUGGCGGAGCAGAAGGAUCGUGAACUUCGUGUUCAAGAUAUCCGCGAUAAGGCUGAUAAACUCAAACGAGGUGGUCAAACCGAGGCUGUUGAGAAGAUUGAGGGUAUCAUUAUGCAACUACAAAAGAAGUACGAACAACUCGAGGAGGUUACCACAAAGAAGGUCAAGAAUUUGGAUGAUAUCAAUGCUGUUCAGCGCUACCAUCGUGAUUGCGAUGAAGCCAAAGAAUGGAUUGAUGAAAAAGAUUUGCGUCUCAACACAGAUGAUGUUGGAAAAGAUCUCACUUCAGUCCAACGUCUCAUCCGCAAGCAUGAUGCUCUUGAGAGAGAUCUCGUUGCCCUUGGUGAUCGUGUUAAACAGCUCGAUGUGAAGGCUGCUGAUCUUGCACAAACGCAUCCUCAAGAAGCUGAAGGUAUUUGUCAACACCAAGAACAAAUUAACCAAGCUUGGAAUGACCUGACAGCUAAAGCUGAAGCUCGUAAAGCUAAAUUGUUGGAUUCUCUUGAUCUUCAGAAAUUCCUGGCUGAUGGACGUGAUCUCCAAUCCUGGAUGAACACAAUGAACGCGCUGGUCACCUCCAACGAUCUGGCAAAUGAUGUGACAGGUGCCGAAGCCCUGAUUGAGCGUCAUCAGGAUCAUCGUGCUGAAAUUGAUGCUCGCGCGGCUACUUUCGCCAAUUUUGACGCUUUUGGGCAUGAACUGUUGGAUAGCAAGCACUAUGCUAGCCCUGAGAUUCAAGAACGUAUUGAAGCAAUCCUUGCUGCUAGAGAGAAUCUUCUCAAAGCCUGGCAAGAUCGGGAAAAAUCCUUGGAACAAAACCUUAAGCAGCAACAGUUUCUUCGUGAUUGUGAACAAGCCGAGGAUUGGAUGAGCAUGCGUGAGUCCUCAUUGGUUGGUACUUCUGGAGAAGAUGUUGACAAGGUCGAUGCUCUCAUUAAGAAGCACGAGAACUUUAAUCGUGCCAUUACAGCCCAGGAGGCUAAGAUUAAAGCCCUUGACGCUUCUGCUAACGCCCUGAUGGCCGAGGGUCAUUAUGAUGCUCCUGGUAUUCAGGCUAAACGUGAUGAGGUUCUUGGUAGAUGGGGUGAGCUCAAGCAGGCCAUGAUUGAGAACCGCAAUCGUUUGGGAGAUGCCCAAACUCUUCAAGCCUUCCUUCGUGAUGCUGAUGAGAUGGAAAUCUGGAUCAAUGAGAAACUCCAGGCUACUAUGGAUGACUCCUACAAGGAUCCGACUAUCAAUGUUCAAGCUAAGCAUCAGAAGCAUCAAGCCUUCCAAGCUGAAUUAGCUGCAAAUGCUGAACGUCUUCAAGCCAUUCUUGGAGCUGGUCAGCGUCUAAUCGAUAAAGGACAAUGCAAAGGACAAGAGAGUGCUGUUGAAGAGAGAUUGGGCAAACUUGCCGAACAAUGGGAGGACCUUAUCGGCAGAUCUGAGGAGAAGUCUGCAAAACUGCAAGAGGCUAACAGACAAGCUGCCUACAAUGCUGGUGUGAAGGAUAUUGAGUUCUGGCUAGGAGAAGUUGAAGCUUCAUUAGCUAGUCCUGACUAUGGGAAAGAUUCUGCCUCUGUAGAUAGUCUUCUCUCCAAACACCAGGUUCUCACUACUGAUAUUCAGGCCCACGAGGAUCGUAUCUCUGAGCUCAACGCAAGAGCUGAUGAACUCUAUGCUUCAGGAGCUAUUGAUGCUGAUACAAUUAAAGAACGCAAGAGAUGGAUCAACGAGCGUUAUGAAAAGAUAAGAGCUCUUUCAGAGAAUCGUGCCAUUACAUUGGGCAAAGCCAAGUGUCUCCAUGACUUCUACCGCAAUCUGGAUGAUGAGGAGGCGUGGAUUCGUGAAAAGAAGAUUCUAGUGAGUUCGGAAGACUAUGGUCGUGAUCUGAUUAGCGUUAGAAACCUCAAGAAGAAGCAUAAGAGACUUGAAGCUGAGAUUGUUGCUCAUAAACCUGCUGUACACCAAGUUACACAACAAGGACAAGAACUUAUGUCUAACACUGAGCUGGCUGACCCUGUUGAGAUUCAGAAGCGUAUUGAUCAUUUGAAUCAGGCUUGGGAAGAACUUCAAACCCUGACGGCUAACCGCGAUCGAAAGUUGGACGAAUCCUCUGAUUACCAGGACUUCCUUGACGCCGUUGAAGAGGAGACCGCCUGGAUCCUCGAAAAGCAACAUCUCCUUUCAUCUGACGAUCACGGAGACACUUCUGCUGCGGUUCAGGGUCUAAUUAAACAACAUGAAGCUUUUGAAGCUGAUCUUAAAGUCCAUCGCAAGAAAUGUGAGGAGAUCUGCCAAGCCGGAUUGGAUCUGAUCGAACGUGGAAAUCACAAUAAGGUCGCUAUUGAGCAGAAAUGUGAGGGUCUCCGUGAGAAAUUGGAUCUUUUAAUGCGCAAUGCUGAGCGUAGAAAGGCCAUGCUGCUAGAUAAUCAUGCUUUCCUUCAAUUCAUGUGGAAGACGGACGUUGUUGAGUUAUGGAUUGCUGAUCGUGAAGCUCAGGUGCGAUCUGAAGACUAUGGGCGCGAUUUGAGCUCAGUCCAAACUCUUCUCACGAAGCAUGAAACCUUCGAUACUGCUCUAGAAUCUUUCCGUACUGAAGGCAUCAAGACAAUCACUGAACUCCACGAUCAACUCAUUCAAUCCAAUCAUGCUCAAUCUCAAGCUAUUCAGCAAAGAUUUGACACAUUGAUUGGUCGUUGGGAGCGCUUGAAGAACGAGUCUGGACGUCGUAAGAAUGAGCUUCUUCAAUUGCAGAAUCAAUACAAAAAGGUUGAGGAGUUGUACCUUGAUUUCGCUAAGCGUGCUUCAACUUUCAAUUCUUGGUUCGAGAAUGCUGAAGAGGAUCUCACAGACCCUGUUCGUUGCAACUCGCUUGACGAAAUUCGUGCUCUGGUUGAAGCACAAGAACAAUUCAAGGCUUCUCUCAAACCUGCUGAAACGGACUUCCAGCGCUUGCGUCAGCUAGAUCAGGAAAUUAAGGGCUAUGGUGUUGAAGAGAAUCCUUACACAUGGUUCAAUAUGGUUGCCUUGGAGGAUACUUGGCGCAAUCUCCAGAAGAUCAUCCAAGAACGGGAUGAAGAACUUCGCCGUGAGUUGGCUCGUCAAGAACAGAAUGAUCAACUUCGUCAAGAGUUUGCUUCGGCUGCUAAUAGCUUCCAUGCCUGGCUGCAGUCUGUUCGUAAUUCUUUGAUGGAAGGAACUGGCACUCUGGAGGAACAACUUGAAGCAAUUCGAGCCAAGUCAGUUGAGAUCCGUUCUCGCAAAGUUGAACUCAAGCAGAUUGAAGAACUUGGUGCUCGACUUGAGGAAAGACUCAUUCUGGACAAUCGCUACACGGAACACAGCACCGUUGGUUUGAGCCAAGCCUGGGACCAAUUGGAUCAACUUGUCAUGCGAAUGCAACACAACUUGGAGCAACAAAUUCAAGCUCGUAAUGUCUCCGGUGUAAGUGAGGAGGCCCUGCGUGAAUUCUCCAUGAUGUUCAAACACUUUGAUAAGGACAAGUCGGGUCGAUUGGACCACCGAGAAUUCAAAUCCUGCCUUCGUGCUCUGGGUCAUGAUCUCCAAUUGGUGGAGGAGAAUCAACCCGACCCUGAAUUUGAGGCUAUCUUGGCCAUAGUGGAUCCAAAUAGGGAUGGAUACAUUACUCUGCAAGAGUUUAUGGCCUUCAUGAUUUCCCGAGAGACGGAGAAUGUCCAGUCCAGGGAUGAAGUGGAGGAGGCUUUCCGAUCACUCACGAAGGAAGGCACGAAGGAGUAUAUCACCAAAGAGGAACUCUACGCCAACCUUUCCAAGGAACAAGCGGAUUAUUGUUCUCAAACCAUGCCUCCUUACUACACCAAGGCCGGACAACUUGUCCAAGACGCCUACGAUUAUGUUGGUUUUACCCAACAACUCUUCCAGAAGUAA